AUGAACGUUUUAUUGUUAGUCUUUUGCUACGUGGCGUCAAUGCAAUGGGCGCCAUCGGAAUCGGUUCCGUUUGUUAUCCCCUGGUACGGACGUUGGAUCCUUCCAACCGUUGGCCAAGUGUGGCCGAAACCCCAGCAGCAAACAUCCAGCGAAACGUUUUUCGUUCUCAGGCCUACCAUGUUCCAAUUUCAGGUCGUUGGUGAACGGUGUGAUAUCAUUGACGAAGCCGUACGUCGUUAUUACCAAAUCAUCUUUUAUCCGGGGGAUGCUGGACGUAUUCCCCUGUCUUACCCUCCGCCACCGACUCCAAUCCAAGAGCAUCCGCAAUUUCGAGCAUUUCUCGAUUCAGUUGAAAUCGAUUUAAAACAGCCUUGCGAAUACCUCCCGUCUGCCGAUAUGCUCGAGUCCUAUAAUAUCAAAAUUGACACGGCCGAUAAUCCGCUCAAGGCAACAAUCACUAGCGAUAGCGUCUGGGGUAUUUUGCGUGGCAUGGAAACUCUAAGUCAACUCGUCUACUCCUCUGCUGAAACGGGCGUCGCAUAUCAAAUGAAUGCUACGGAAAUUACCGAUUUUCCGCGUUUUUCUUAUCGCGGAUUUAUGAUGGACACGGCACGUCAUUACAUGCCGUUGAAAACGAUAAAGAAGAUGACGGACCUGCUGGCCCAGAAUAAGAUGAACGUCUUGCACUGGCAUUUGACUGACGACGCUUCAUUCCCCUACGAGAGUACACUUUUUCCAAAUAUUAGUCGUUACGGAUCUUUCCAGCCGUUCAGUCACAUCUACACUGCCAACGAUGUCCGCGAAGUCAUUGAAUAUGCGCGGUUGAGAGGCAUUCGGGUCAUUCCUGAAUUCGAUAGUCCAGACCAUACACAAUCUUGGGGCCGAGGACAGCCGAGACUGUUGACCGAAUGUUACGACGACAACGGAAUACUCAAAGUGCCCGAUGAGUACGGUGCUAUUAUGCCCACUCGUGAAGAGAACUACGUUUUCUUACAGCAAUUUUUCGGUGAAAUCUUUAAUACCUUUCCCGAUCCCUAUGUCCACAUGGGUGGUGACGAAGUCAGCUACUAUUGUUGGCAACGACAUCCAGAAAUUAAAGCUUUUAUGGCUGCCAAUGGAUGGGGAGAAGAUUAUACAAAGUUGGAACAAUAUUACUUUGAUCGACUGACCACAGUGACGCAAGAGAUUACGCAAAAUCAGAUGCGUUACAUUGUUUGGCAAGAACUUCUCGACCUUAACAUUACCCUACCAACUGGCACCAUUGUCGAAGUGUGGAAAGGCGAUUAUGAAGGCUUAUCUUUCAAUGAAGAAUUAGCACGAGUUACAAAGUAUGGUUACCAGACUAUACUUGCUUCACCUUGGUAUCUUAAUUACAUUUCCUACGGAUUGGAUUGGGAAAAAUAUUACCUGGCUGAACCUCUGGAUUUCAACGGAUCCGAAGCGCAAAAGAAUUUGGUUAUUGGCGGUGAGGCAACGAUGUGGAGCGAGUACGUCGACUCUGUCAGCGUGAUUCCGCGUACGUGGCCGAGAGCUUGUACCGUCGCUGAGCGUCUCUGGUCAGACCGAAGUGUUAACGACACAGCGUUGGCUGCAUUACGUUUAGAAGAACAUCGAUGCCGAUUACUCAGACGUGGAUUCAUGGUUGAUCCAAGCAAUGGUGUCAAUUUUUGCGAACAGGAAUGGGAUAUGUAAAAUAAAAAGCAAAUUUCUAAAGACUCUGCACAGUCUCUUUUUAUGACAAGGUAGUUUUAGAUGAAAAAGAAAUACACUAAAAGUUUAACUGC